AUGGAUUUUGACUCUCUUAUCUCCCAAAACCAAAACCUUCACUUCUUCCCUGAAAAUUCCUUUGUUUCUGAGGACCCUUUCUCAUGGGACAUCAAAGACUUCAUUUUCUUCAACAAUUACAACAACACCCUUCCCUUCAACUUCAGCGAACACUCACAAUCACAAUCACAAUCGAACAAAUCUUCAGGGUCUCUGGGUAGUGUUGAGUCACAAGAAGUCUCAUCCAAUACAACCGAUCAUGCACAAGUGAGAGAAACUCGAGCAUCACCACACAAGUUCAGAGGAGUAAGGAGGAGGCCAUGGGGGAAAUUCGCGGCGGAGAUAAGGGAUUCAACAAGAAAUGGGGUGAGAGUGUGGAUUGGAACGUUUGACACAGCAGAGGAAGCAGCUUUGGCUUAUGAUCAAGCAGCAUUCUCAACAAGGGGUUCAUUGGCAGUGCUGAAUUUCCCACAGGAAGUGGUGAAGGAGUCCCUCAAAGACAUGGCUAAUAAUAAGGCUUUGGAAGAAGGUUCCUCCCCUGUGUUGGCACUCAAGAGAAAACACUCCAUGAGAAGAAGAAGAAACUCAAAUUCUACUAAGCCUAGUAAAAAGAAAACCAAGAGCCAUGACAUGGAUCAGUUACAGAUUAGUACUUCUCAAAAUGUGCUGGUCUUUGAAGAUUUGGGUGUUGAAUAUCUAGAGCAACUUUUGAGCAUGACUUCAUAA